AUGGGAGUGGGAGAUGUUUCCGUUGUGGCUCAGGGAUAUUUUUGUCUGCCCGCUGCAGAGUUUGUCCUUUCCAACCCUGCCCGGAUCCGCCACCUCAUAUUUAUCAACCCACCAAUCACAGACAAGCACGCCAAGCUGCCCUCGUGCCUCUCAGCCUUCUCCAACUUCCUGCUUGGAGAGAUCUUCGCCCAGGAUCCGUUACGUGCUAGUGACAGGGUACUAGAGGAGGCGGGGUGUUAUUUAAUCGACGAGGAGGAUGCCAUGGUGUACCGCCGGCCCUACCUCACCAGUGGUGCCUCGGGCUUUGCGCUCACAGCCAUCACCCGUGCCUUCCAGAAGGGUCUCAAGGCGUCACUCCCCCUGGUCUCCAAGGCCCUCUCUGCCGUCUCUUCCCAGCCCUCCUCCUCCUCCACCGUCAUGUGGGGCAUGAAGGACCGCUGGCAGUCGUUUGACGGGGUUCGGGAGGCAUGCAGGGCAGCAGGGGCUGUCCUUGUGACACUAGACGAGGUGGGGCAUCAUGCUCAGGAAGAUUAUGGAGAGGAGGUGGGGCGAGUAAUUCGAAACAUUCUUCGCCGCACAACAUGA